AUGUAUGAGGACACACAAACUAGACGGAGGACGAAGAAGAAGAGGAGGAACGUGUCGCGGAACGCGGUGGAAAGGUCGGGGCACACGGUGUCCAGCGACGCGGGGAUCGCGUGGCUCGACCGCGAGGCGAUAGACGGCCGCGGCAGGAUCAAGUUUCGAAAGUUGUCACGCAGCCGAAUGUCGCCCGCCGUUUCCUCCGGCAAGCUAAAGCACUGCGUCAGAAAGCAACCGGCCAAAGUCAGGAAAUGCAUGUGCCUGCCGUCCAAUUACGCCCUCGUUGAAUUCCCCGUGGUCUGGUCGGAGCUUAGAGCAAACCAGCAGCUGUGCGACGGUGCAAUCAGAUGUGCCAGAGGCCACGUUAUCCCAGUGCAUCGUGCCAUUCUGUCUGCAGUCAGUCCGUACUUCAAGGCUCUUUUUACCAACAGCCUGAAAGGCGGGAAAACAGAGAUCACGGAGGUCGCGAUCGAUCCGGUCCCCGGCGAAAUUUUCAGUUUGAUCCUCGAUUACGCUUACACCGGCACCUGCAACGUCCACGCUGAAAACGUCGAGCAACUUUUACCACUGGCCGAUCAAUUCGAGGUCCUCGGUGUCGUACAGCUCUGCUGUCAGUUCUUGCUCGAGGAACUUCGACCGGAGAAUUGUCUAGGCAUCUUUAAAUUCGCUCGGCACUAUUUCUGCCGCGACCUGGAAAAGAAGGGCCGGAAAUACAUUCGCCAUCACUUUAAGCGGAUACUGCAAGAGAGCUCGGAAUUCAAAGAGCUGACAAGCAAGGAACUCGAGGCGAUUCUACGUGACGACGAGUUGAACGUUAAAAACGAGGAAAUAGUUUUCGAGGCCGUUAAAACCUGGCUCGAGUAUAACGCGGAAGAAAGGAGGGCCUAUUUGCCUAGGCUCUUGAAAUGUGUGCGCUACGGUUUGAUGAGCUACAACUUCUUCGCGAACAAUGUUCUGGCGUGGAAGAUCAUCAAGAACGACGAACUGUGCCAACAAGUGUUAGCUCCCGCUGACCAGUGUCUAAAGGAGCAACAAGCGAAGCAGGGAGGCGGCGAGAUCGGUCUGAAGAACCCUCUGGCCAAGCCACGUAUCCCCUACGAGAUCCUGUUCGCGAUCGGCGGUUGGAGUGCCGGUUCUCCGACGAAUUUCGUCGAGACCUACGACACAAGAGCUGACAGAUGGUUUCUAUCAGUGAGCACGGAUACAACACCGAGGGCUUACCACGGUCUCUGCACCCUGAACAAUCUGAUCUACAUGAUCGGCGGCUUCGACGGUAACCAGCACUUCAACACGGUCAGAUGCUUCGAUCCGGUCACGAAAGAAUGGCGAGAGCGGGCCUGCAUGUAUCACGCAAGGUGUUACGUCAGCGUUUGCACUCACGGAGGAAGGAUUUACGCUCUCGGCGGGUACAACGGCCGCACGAGAAUGAGCUCGGGGGAAAGAUACGAACCGCAAAAGAACCAGUGGGAGAUGAUACCGCCGAUGCAUCGACAGAGAUCGGAUGCUAGCUCGGCCGCCUUGCAGGACAAGAUUUACAUCGUCGGUGGCUUCAACGGCCGCGAAGUUCUCAACUCCGCGGAAGUGUUCGACGUGGAGAGCAAUCAGUGGAGCUACAUUCAUCCGAUGAUCAAUCCGCGAUCUGGUGUCUGUUUGGUCGCGUUUCGCGACAGCCUCUACGCCCUGGGCGGCUUCAAUGGCUUCAUCAGACUUAGUUCCGGGGAGCGUUACAAUCCGAAUCAUUCGGAGGAUUGGCACGAAGUUCCAGAGAUGUACAGUCCCCGCAGUAAUUUCGCCACGGUCAUUCUCGACGACAUGAUAUUCGUCGUUGGAGGUUUCAAUGGUACCACGACAAUCGCGUACGCGGAAUGUUACGACGCAGACAGCAACGAAUGGUACGACGCCUCACCGAUGAAUCUGAAUCGAAGUGCCCUAAGUGCCUGCGUUGUCACCGGCCUCGCAAAUGCCCGCGACUAUUCUUAUCACAGCAAAGCUCGAGAUCUUGGCCAAGGUCAAGCUUCGUCCGAGAAUCAAGAGAAAGCCAUCCAAAGUGGAGAAGGAGCUGUCGAAGCGAACGCGAGCAUUUCCGUUGAGGAUGUCGACUGGUGA